AAAAAAAUAUAUAAAAGAGAGCAUCGACAAGCGCAUCCGAAACGAUGACGUCACUAACGAACUCCGAGCUGCGCCACCUUCCGGACAAGAUGUUGGCGCAAAUCAUCCACACGAUCCAGACUUUCCCCAACGAGACGGUGGACUUCAGCCGGCCGAUCCUGCGCCGAACUCUACGGGGCAGCUACCCACUUUUCAUUACCAUCUACUGCCUCCUCGCGCUCGCCGGCGCCGUUGCCAACUCUUCCCUGCUCGCUCGACUCUUCCUCGCCCGCCACUUCUACAGCGACCCCACCUGCGCCUACAUCAUGAACUUGGGCGUGUGCAACCUACUGGCUAGUCUCGUGCUCCUUCCGCUGUCGCUCGUGGUGCUUCUGUUGCAAAACUGGGUUCUCGGGAGCGUGAUGUGCUAUCUCUUGCCCAUGUUGCAGGACGUGCCCAUUCAUGCGACGAUGGCCACCUUCGUAGUAAUAUCAGCUGAUCGCCACCGUAGGAUUACGUCACCGCUGGAGCCACGUGUAUCAGCCUCCUCCGCCGUCGCAGGGAUAUGGGUGGCGGCGCUGAGUGUUGUUUUACCUUACGUCAUGUAUGUGAAUUAUAUUGACCUUCAGAUGGUGUUCGGGAAGCAGUUUAACGGCGUCGGGAUUUGCACACUCAACAUGAACGACAACAUAGCACUGUAUAUACGUCUACUGUAUGGCCUGCUGUACGUCGUCCCGCUCCUCCUCGUGAUCUACUUCCACCUCCGAGUCAGCCACGAGAUCGACCGGAGAGUCAGCGAGCGCGAGGAAGACUGUCAGGCGUCGCUGGAGGAGGAGAGGGAGCUGACGAGUCGGAUCUGGACAGUGAGAGGGAGGGCGGCGUCUUCGAGUGCCAUACGCCGGAAUGACGUGGCAUCGCAUGGCACCUUCCACGGAGAGGCGCAGGAGUGCCAACUCGACCUGGAAGAAGAGAAGAGGAACCAGAAAUACUUGGCACUCAUCAUCGGCAUCUCCACGCUGUGCCUCACCCCCCUGGCUGUUCUCAGAUUAGUCAAAAACGAAAUUCUGGAAACACGUCAGAACUCGGGACACUUUGACGUCACGUACAUCAGUUUCGUCUGGGUCGCUUUCCUGCCAGCUGUUAGCACGCCGGUGGUCUUCGCGGCGUGGAAACGAAAGAGAUGGUACUCUAGCCAGAACCAGUUGCCUCCUCGAACCAGCUCCGGCCAGACACCCCAAGUGAAACAGUUCAAUACAAACGUCUGAGUAUUUUUUUUUUUUAUAUUUUCCAUCCUCUUAAUGUAUGAGGAUUUUGUUUUAUCAUUAUUCACUUUUGAAAAUACUUUCUAGAUCUGAUAACAAAAGAUAGAUAGAGAGAUAGAUUUUGUUUAUGAAAUACUAGUGACGAUAAUAGAAAAAAAAGUUUAAUAGCGUAGUAUAUGUGAUUUGUAACUUGUACGAAUAUCGUGUAUAUUACAGUCAAGUGUUCGAUCACUCAGCAGUAUCUUGUCUACAAGGUAUCUGGUGCCUGAAAAAAGUGAACAAAUAAAGAAAGAUAUUGGCAAUAUGUAUGUAUGAAUAAAUAAAUGAAUAAAUAAAUAAAUAGAUGAAAAAAUAUAUUUAUACACACACACACUACAAACGCGCGUACAAACACAGAAACACACACACACAAAUACACAGAAACACACAGACACAUACACACACACACACACACACACACACACACACACACACACACACACACACACACACACACACACACACACACA